UACUCCAGGGUUAGAGGUUGGUUCAGGGUUAGUGACAUGUAAUUUAUACGUAAUUUAUAAUGAAUACUGUAGUCAAUACAUGUAACAUGUGCAACAAGGCCACCAUAAAAUAAAGUGUUUCCGAAGAUUUUCUUGAACACACAGCAAUGCAAAACAGAUCAAACUUGUUUGAUUGUCUAUGUAGUACAGAACAGUUAAAGGGGUUGAAAGAGGGGGUGCUGAGCCACAAGAGUACAACAAGCCAGGGCUUGACAGUUAAGCAAAACUAUAUAUUCGCUGGGCUGAGAAUGUCAUUUAUCAAAUACCGUCUCUUGUUCCUGAUGGUCAUGCAUCAUUAGUACUACACAACCUUGACUCGAACCCUAUUCUCCCAGGGAGUAGGUUAACAUAAAGUUAAAGCUCGAAACUUGGUAUGUGUGUACAUCAUGUACGAUCGUUCCUUUGUUUGGAGGGGUUUCAAGAUGUCAUUCAUUUGAUGACAAAAAGGGCCAUUGAUGGAUCAGUACAAUGCAAAGUACACUGACAAGCGCUUGAAUUUCAUUAUCUCCUUUUCCUUCAAACUGCUUGUUUCCUUUUCGUGUUGUAUGCUCACUGCAGUCCUAUGGGGUGGCGUUGUGGGACUUUAGUGACAAAGCUGUCAUUGUGCUCUCAGGUUAGAGAGAAAGAGAUAAAAGCACAAACUUUGGCCCAAUCUGCUACAUUUUUUCUAUUUUCUGUCCAAUCUAAAAAUGCGGAAUGCGUCAACAUGUAAUGUCUACCUGGGACAUCUUGGUAAUGUGUGACAUAAACAGGCAGCAACGACACAUCUGUAGCUCAUCUAAUAUUUAACAAAAGUAAACUUUUCACUGACAAAAAUAUGAAACUGUCUAUAAUCUGAGUGCAGGUUUUCUGUUUUAAGCAUUCUUGAUCCAUCUUGCGCAGAGGAGAGUUGCUGAAAUAAACAAUGGGGAUCUGUGUGAAUCUCAUUAACAUCUGAAACAGAGAGCAGAAAAAUCUCGAUCACACAUCUAACGCUUGUAUACUGUAGCAACCAGAACACCUGCAACUUCAGAUGAAAAUAACCUUCACAGAUUUUUGGGGAUUUCCUUAUUUUAAAAUGUUAAAUUGAUUAUACCAGGAUUUUACUUUCCUCAUAAUCAUCUUGUUCAUUUAGGGGAAAUACUAUCCAUUGCUGAAUGCCAUCAUGAACUGUAUAGCUGUUCUUGUGACAUUAGUCUGGUGUUUCUCUUGGAUCUAUGCAAAACACCACCACUACCACAAUCAAGAAAGCGACAAAGAACUGAAAUACCUUCUGGAGCCUCCGGUAUAUGCCGAGGUCAGUGCUCGUCGUGGACACGUCGCCAUUUUGCCAUGUAUGAUGAUGAUCAAACCAGUGCACUACAGAGUGAAGUGGACUAAGAUUGAACCCCUCAAAAUGGGAGUGCAAAACAUAGUGCUCAUAACAAAUGGACACGCAGAUAAAAAUUACGGCUCACUUGGGCCUCGAGCUUCUCUUCUGCGUGCACACAGCCUAGAUGUUUCCCUUCGCCUUACCGACCUGGAGCUGGAGGAUGAUGGCAGCUAUCAAUGCGAACUAAUCAAUGGAAUUGAGGAUGAAAAUGUCAUCAUCACUCUGAGAGUUGAAGGAGUUGUAUUUCCUUACCAAAGCCAACAUGGCCGGUACAGAUUUACUUUCAUUAACGCUCAAGAGGCUUGUGCUGAGCAGGAUGCAACUCUUGCCACAUACAAGCAGCUUUAUCGGGCCUGGACUGAAGGGUUGGAUUGGUGUAACGCCGGAUGGCUGAGUGAUGGAACUGUUCAUUACCCAAUUUUGCACCCGCGGCCGGCUUGUGGAGGUGGUCUCCUGCCAGGCAUCCGGAGUUAUGGGCCACGCCAUAGAGAACAGGAACAGUUUGAUGCUUUCUGCUUCACCUCUACCACUAAGGGCUCUGUGUUCUACAUUCCAGGCCCAUUGAAUUUUGUAGAGGCAGAACAUGCCUGCAGAAAAGAGGGUGCCGGUCUAGCGAGGGUUGGUCAGAUCUAUUCUUCUUGGAGGUUUCAGAUGCUGGACCGCUGUGAUGGAGGCUGGUUGCAAGAUGGCAGUGUACGGUUUCCCAUCAUAAACCCAAGGGAACGUUGUGGGGGGGUUAAAGAACCGGGCAUUCGCAGCUUUGGCUAUCCCAGCAAAUCUUCCCGCCUUUAUGGGGUUUACUGCUACAGGUAACUGCUGCAAGCUUUUCCACCAGCAGGGUACUGUAUACUGGCUUACUGCUACGUUUUAGAUUUACUGUCCAUCAUCUCUGCAGAACAUAACAUUAUGGGGCACAUUACGGACACACAGCCCUUCUACACUGCAUUCAGUAUUGUCUUGGGAUACAUUAACAGCAGUAGAAUGCGAGUUGCAUUUAAGCAGAAAAUAUUCUUGGA